AUGUCACUUAGUCUAGACAUCAUUCGUCAGCUUCCAAAGGCGGACCUCCACUGCCACCUUGAUGGAUGCUGCCGCCCAGAAACAAUCAUCGAGCUUGCCCACGAACAAGGCGUUAAACUUCCAACCGAAGACAUCAAUGAGCUCAGAAAGAUUCUCACAGCCCCUCCGGACUGCCCAGAUCUUGUCACAUAUCUCCGUUGCUUUGAUGCUCCGCUUGAUGUUAUGCAAUACCCAUACGCUAUUACAAGAAUUUUCUAUGAAGUUUGCGAAGACGCUGUUAAGGAUGGAGUCACAUACCUUGAGCUUCGUUUCGCACCAGCACUUCUUACACGCAAAGGACUUUCCUAUACUCAAAUUCUUCAGGCUGCUGUUGAUGGUGUUCAAAUGGCUCAGUCAAAGCUCCAAAUCACAGUCAGAAUCAUCUGCUGCGCCAUGCGUAUGAUGACACCAGAAGUCAACAAGGAAGUUUCCGACAUUGCCUGGAGAUUCCGAAAUUUGGGCGUCGUCGGCUUCGAUCUUGCCGGCUCAGAAAACGGUUUCCCACCACACUGGCAUAUUGAUGCCUUCCGCACAAUGCGUCACAAGGCUAUUCCAGUUACAAUCCAUGCAGGUGAAGCAUAUGGUCCAAAGUCCAUCCAAUACGCUCUUGAUUGCAACGCAACACGCAUUGGCCAUGGUACUAGAAUUGUUGAAAGCGAGCCACUUCUUCAAGAGGUUAUCGACCGUCGUGUCACUCUUGAAUGCUGUGUCUCAUCCAACGUUCAGACCAAAGCCAUUGCUAAACUUGAAGACCAUCCCAUCAAGAAACUCUUCGAGCGUGGUGUUAUUACAGUUCCAUGCACUGAUAAUUGCACUGUUUCCGGAGUCACUCUUUCUGGCGAAUACUUCCUUCUCCAGAAUAAGUUUGGCUUUAACGUCGAAGAACUUGUCCGCAUGAUGGAUUAUGGCUUCAGGUCAGCAUUCGUUGAUGAAACACUCAAGCGCCGUCUCAGAAUCGAAGCAAUCACAAAGACACUCCGCGUUCUCAGAGAAAACAACAUCGAUGUUACACCUCUCAUGAACAAUGCCCUCUACUACGCUCCAAUUGGUAUCUUCCUCCCAGAACCAUUCAAGCUCCCAGCUCCAUAUCCACAAGUUACAUUGGAUCUCGUCAAGUCACUCACAAAGGCUGAUACAGAUACAAGACUCAUCGGAAGUAUCCCACUCAAGACACUCUUCAAGUUCUUCAAGGAGCUCCCACCACAGAAGAAAGUCAAAGAAUUCGCUGAUUUCAACGAAUUCGAACAGUUCCUUAUGGAUCCAGAGGAUACAAACCACGAAGUUGCCAAGAGAUACGUUGUUUCACUCCUCCGGACAAAGGAAAACAUCAUCGAGGGCACAUGCAAGAUUCUUGAAAACGCAAUCGAAGACAAUGUCAAGUACAUCGAAAUUACUGUUGCUCCACAGCGCCACACAAAGGAUGGACUUAAGGAACAAGAUGUCAUCGAUGCCAUUGCUGAAUCAAUCAAGAAAUAUGAAGGAAAGAUCGUCGCAAAGAUCGUUCUCGGCGUAAACAUCGCAAAGGAUUCUCCAAUCAUCGCAAUGAAAAUUGCUGAACUCUGCGUCAACAACAAAGGAAUUGUCGCUGGUUUCGCAACAAACUCAACAGAAAUCGAAGAAGAAAACGCUCACUUCUACGAUGAAGUCUUCCAGUACCUUCGCCGCAACUACAUCUCUGUCUCUUGCUUUGCUGGUGAGAAACACGCUUCUUCUGUUCAAGUCGCUAUUGUUUCUGCAAAUGCAAGACGUAUUGCUGGCGGCUUCAAGCUCACUGAGAACGAUGCAAUCCUCAAGGAAAUUGCUUCCACACAGAUGGACGUCAUUGUCAAGCCAUCAGCCAGAUUCUCUCUUGCUACAGCACCAAUCUUUGGCCAGAAGAAUGUUAGAUCUCUUUAUGACUUCGGUGUCAAAGUCGCCUAUGCUUCUCUUCACGGCGCUUUCGAUGGAAAGUCACGUUCAGAGGAACUCCUUCAGAUGUGCAAGGAACAAGGCUUCGGAGCUAUUGAACUCGUCAUGAUUCUCAACAACGGCUUCUGCUCAAUCUUCCAGCACUACAACAAACUCAAGGAACUUCAGAAUAACUUCUGGAGCCACACACUCGAAGUUCUCAAGGCUAGAGGUUAUACACGCUUCAUCAACCCAACAUACUUCAUUCAGUAA